AUACAUACAAAACUCACACAUAUUUAUCACCUCCCCCUACCUAGCGCUCUCAAACAGAUCUCUCUCUCUCUCUCUCUCUCUCUCUCUCUCUCUCGCAUUUAUCUACUGAGAGAGCGAGAGUCUUCGCCAGAUCUCACAGCAUUUUACUCGCCGAUCCUAUUCUGAUCUUGCUGCCAUGGCGGCCGCAAACGCUCCGAUCACUAUGAAGGAAACCCUAACUUUGCCAAGCAUAGGGAUUAAUCAACAAUUUAUCACGUUUACUAAUGUUACUAUGGAGUCAGAGAAGUAUAUAUGUGUUCGUGAGACAUCUCCUCAAAACAGUGUUGUGAUAGUUGAUAUGAGCAUGCCAAUGCAGCCUUUGAGGAGGCCUAUUACUGCAGAUUCUGCUCUAAUGAAUCCGGAUUCCAGGAUUUUAGCUCUCAAAGCUUCCGUUACUGGAACGACUCAGGACCACUUGCAAAUAUUUAAUAUUGAGCUGAAAGCAAAAAUAAAGUCAUAUCAAAUGCCUGAGCAGGUUUCAUUUUGGAAGUGGAUUACCCCAAAGUUGUUGGGUUUAGUAACUCAAGCAUCUGUAUACCAUUGGUCAAUUGAAGGUGAAUCUGAACCUGUUAGGAUGUUUGAUAGGACCGCUAAUUUAGCAAACACUCAGAUAAUCAAUUAUAGAUGCGAUCCUUCAGAGAAGUGGUUGGUUCUGAUUGGAAUUGCUCCUGGCUCACCAGAGAAACCCCAACUGGUCAAGGGAAACAUGCAGCUCUUUUCCGUGGAUCAGCAACGUAGUCAAGCUCUUGAAGCGCAUGCCGCUUCAUUUGCCUCGUUCAAAGUUCCCGGUAAUGAUAAUCCAUCAAUUCUUAUAUCUUUUGCAACAAAAAGUAUCAAUGCGGGACAGGUGAUAUCAAAGUUACAUGUCAUUGAACUUGGUGCACAGCCAGGGAAAGCAGCUUUUGCAAAGAAACAAUCAGAUCUUUUCUUUCCUCCUGAAUUUUCUGAUGACUUUCCAGUGGCCAUGCAGAUAUCCCAUAAAUACGGCUUGAUCUAUGUGAUCACAAAGCUUGGACUUCUGUUCGUUUAUGAUCUUGAAACAGCUACAGCUGUCUAUAGAAACAGGAUUAGUCCAGAUCCAAUAUUUUUAACGUCAGAAGCAUCAUCAGUUGGGGGUUUCUAUGCCAUCAACCGAAGAGGUCAAGUGUUGCUAGCCACUGUAAAUGAAUCAACUAUUGUGCCUUUUGUUAGUGGUCAGUUGAACAAUCUUGAGCUAGCUGUCAGUCUUGCCAAAAGAGGGAACUUACCUGGUGCAGAGAACUUGGUUGUUCAGCGUUUCCAAGAGCUGUUUGCUCAAACUAAAUAUAAAGAGGCUGCCGAGCUUGCUGCGGAAUCUCCUCAGGGCAUACUUCGUACUCCUGACACAGUUGCCAAAUUUCAGAGUGUUCCUGUUCAAACUGGACAAACACCACCGCUUUUGCAAUAUUUUGGAACUCUUUUAACCAAGGGAAAACUGAAUUCCUUUGAGUCAUUAGAAUUAUCCCGGUUAGUCGUGAACCAGAACAAGAAGAACCUAUUGGAGAAUUGGUUGGCUGAAGACAAACUGGAAUGUACCGAGGAACUUGGAGACCUUGUGAAGACUGUUGACAAUGAUCUCGCUCUAAAGAUAUACAUCAAAGCUAGAGCAACUCCAAAAGUUGUAGCAGCUUUUGCGGAGCGAAGAGAAUUUGACAAAAUCUUGAUAUAUUCGAAGCAGGUCGGGUAUACCCCUGAUUAUCUGUUUCUUCUCCAAACAAUCCUUCGAUCAGAUCCUCAGGGGGCUGUUAAUUUUGCGCUCAUGAUGGCUCAAAUGGAAGGAGGCUGUCCAGUUGAUUACAACACUAUAACUGACCUAUUUCUCCAGAGGAACUUAAUACGAGAGGCCACAGCAUUUCUGUUGGACGUUCUUAAGCCCAAUUUACCGGAACAUGCUUUCCUGCAAACUAAGGUUUUGGAAAUAAAUCUUGUAACUUUCCCCAAUGUUGCGGAUGCUAUUCUAGCAAAUGGAAUGUUUAGUCAUUAUGACCGUCCUCGUAUUGCUCAACUAUGUGAAAAAGCCGGUCUUUAUGUCCGAGCUCUUCAGCACUAUGCAGAGCUGCCUGACAUCAAGCGCGUCAUUGUAAACACUCAUGCAAUCGAGCCACAGUCUCUUGUGGAAUUCUUUGGAACUCUAUCCAGGGAAUGGGCUUUGGAGUGCAUGAAGGACCUGUUACUUGUUAACCUAAGAGGCAACCUUCAAAUUAUAGUCCAGGUUGCCAAAGAAUAUUCCGAGCAGUUGGGAGUUGAUUCAUGCAUAAAAAUCUUUGAGCAAUUUAAGUCAUACGAAGGAUUGUAUUUCUUCCUUGGAUCAUAUUUGAGUUCCAGCGAGGACCCUGACAUUCACUUUAAGUAUAUAGAGGCAGCUGCGAAAACUGGACAGAUCAAGGAGGUGGAGCGUGUGACUAGGGAAUCAAAUUUCUAUGAUGCUGAAAAGACCAAGAACUUUCUAAUGGAAGCCAAGCUUCCAGAUGCACGACCACUAAUAAAUGUUUGCGACCGAUUUGGUUUUGUUCCAGAUCUUACUCACUACCUGUAUACCAGCAAUAUGCUUAGAUAUAUUGAGGGGUAUGUGCAAAAGGUCAACCCUGGUAAUGCUCCUUUAGUUGUUGGGCAGCUGCUAGAUGAUGAGUGCCCUGAGGAUUUUAUUAAGGGUCUUAUCUUAUCUGUCCGUUCUCUACUUCCUGUUGAGCCCCUGGUGGAUGAGUGCGAGAAAAGGAAUCGGCUGCGGUUGCUUACUCAGUUCUUGGAGCAUCUUGUGAGUGAAGGGAGUCAAGAUGUACAUGUGCACAAUGCUUUGGGAAAGAUCAUAAUUGAUAGCAACAACAAUCCUGAACACUUCCUUACUACCAAUCCGUAUUAUGAUUCACGCGUUGUUGGUAAAUAUUGUGAGAAGCGUGAUCCCACUCUUGCCGUGGUUGCGUACCGCAGAGGGCAAUGUGAUGAUGAGCUGAUUAAUUGUACCAACAAGAACUCUUUAUUUAAGCUUCAGGCCAGGUAUGUAGUUGAAAGGAUGGAUGGUGAUCUCUGGGAUAAAGUUCUUGUUCCUGAAAAUGAAUACAGGCGACAACUUAUUGAUCAAGUUGUUUCCACUGCCUUGCCUGAAAGCAAGGACCCUGAUCAAGUUUCUGCAGCUGUUAAAGCUUUCAUGACUGCUGAUCUUCCUCAUGAAUUAAUUGAGCUUCUGGAAAAGAUUGUGCUCCAGAACUCUGCAUUCAGUGGGAACUUUAAUCUGCAAAACCUGCUUAUACUAACGGCAAUCAAGGCUGAUGCAUCUAGAGUAAUGGAUUACGUUAAUAGACUAGAUAACUUUGAUGGACCUGCAGUUGGUGAGGUGGCAGUGGACGCUGAACUAUAUGAAGAGGCUUUUGCAAUAUUUAAAAAGUUCAACCUCAAUGUCCAGGCUGUUAAUGUUUUACUGGAUAAUGUCCAAGACAUUGCUCGGGCUGUGGAGUUUGCAUUCCGUGUUGAGGAAGAAGCUGUUUGGAGCCAGGUGGCUAGAGCUCAACUUAGAGAGGGAUUAGUAAGUGAUGCCAUUGAAUCAUUUAUUCGUGCUGAUGAUGCGACUCAGUUUUUGGAUGUUAUUCAUGCUGCUGAGGGCGGUGAUGUAUAUCAUGACUUGGUUAAAUACCUUCUAAUGGUUAGGCAGAAGACAAAGGAGCCUAGGGUAGACAGUGAACUCAUUUACGCGUAUGCCAAAAUUGAUAGGCUCAGUGAUAUUGAAGAAUUCAUUCUCAUGCCCAAUGUUGCUAAUCUGCAUAAUGUUGGUGAUCGCUUGUAUGAUGAAGCGUUAUACGAGGCAGCAAAGAUAAUUUAUGCUUUUAUUUCUAAUUGGGCAAAAUUAGCUGUGACCCUUGUUAAGCUGAAACAGUUUCAAGGCGCUGUUGAUGCUGCUAGAAAAGCAAAUAGUGCGAAGACAUGGAAAGAGGUCUGUUUUGCCUGCGUUGAUGCUGAAGAGUUCCGCCUGGCGCAGAUUUGUGGACUCAACAUUAUUGUACAGGUGGAUGACCUGGAGGAAGUUAGUGAAUAUUAUCAGAACAGAGGAUGCUUCAAUGAGCUAAUUUCUCUUAUGGAGAGUGGUUUAGGUUUGGAAAGGGCACAUAUGGGGAUCUUUACAGAGUUGGGGGUUCUUUACGCUCGAUAUCGUUAUGAGAAGCUUAUGGAGCAUAUUAAACUCUUUUCGACCCGUCUGAAUAUCCCCAAGCUAAUUCGUGCAUGUGAUGAACAGCAGCACUGGAAGGAACUAGUCUAUCUGUACAUUCAGUAUGAUGAGUUUGACAAUGCUGCUACAACCGUCAUGAAUCAUUCUCCAGAUGCUUGGGAUCACAUGCAAUUCAAAGACAUUGUUGUCAAAGUAGCAAAUGUGGAACUCUAUUACAAGGCUGUGCACUUCUACUUGCAAGAGCAUCCUGAUCUAAUUAAUGAUGUUCUCCAUGUUCUUGCACUUAGAGUGGACCAUAGUCGUGUCGUUGAUAUAAUGAGGAAGGCCGGUUACCUGCAUCUGGUGAAGCCGUACAUGGUUUCAGUUCAGAGCAAUGAUGUAUAUGCUGUUAACGAGGCUCUGAAUGAGAUCUAUGUUGAGGAAGAAGAUUAUGAUAAGUUGCGUGAAUCAAUCGAUUUACACGAUAACUUUGACCAGAUAGGCCUUGCACAGAAGAUUGAGAAACACGAGCUUCUUGAAAUGAGACGUGUUGCUGCGUAUAUUUACAAAAAGGCUGGUAGAUGGAAGCAAUCAAUUGCACUGUCUAAAGUUGAUAAUCUUUACAAGGAUGCCAUGGAGACUGCUUCACAAUCUGGGGAUCGUGAGCUUGCCGAGGAUUUGCUUGUUUAUUUCUUGGAGCAGGGAAAGAAGGAAUGCUUUGCAUCGUGCCUCUUCGUUUGUUAUGAUUUGAUACGGGCAGAUGUUGCUCUUGAGCUCGCAUGGAUGAACAAUAUGAUCGACUUUGCCUUUCCGUAUCUGUUGCAGUUCAUUCGUGAGUAUACAAACAAAGUUGAUGAGUUGAUUAAGGACAAGAUAGAAGCAGCAAAGGAGAUGAAAGCUAAAGAAAGUGAAGAGAAUGAUGUAAUUAAACAGCAGAACAUGUAUGCUCAGCUGUUGCCUCUUGCUUUACCUGCCCCGCCAAGUAUGGGAGGAGCUGGGAUGAGUGUGCCGGGUAUGGGAGGCUAUGGUCCCUCGCAGCCACCAUCUAUGGGUGGAAUGGGAAUGCCAGCAAUGCCCCCCUUUGGCAUGCCGCCAAUGAGCUACUAAUUUCUGGUCAACUACAAUGGUGAAAAUUCUGAUUAGAUGUUUAUUGACAAAGUGGGAAACUGAUUGCUCUUUUCCUUGUGGUACUUAGUGGAGGUCUUCCCCGGGAGACUCAGACUUUAUACUUUUCUGAUGCAGAUAUUGUUUGAUAGGCGUCUCCUGGGAAAUAAUGUCAUUCAAGUUUAGGAUGUCAUGAUGUCUAUAUAUAUGUAGAAGUAUAUCUUUAGUAGCAGAGGUAAUUUUUGGUAGCCCAUAGGUGCAAAAGGAUAAUCUCGUGUUGUGUCAAAAGGACAAGGCCUAUACAAUAUACGAAAAUGUACUUAAUUUCCGAGGGUA